AUGGCGGGGUCCCCGGCGCUCCGGCGCUCGUGCUCCGACGGUUGCGGUAACGGCGGCGGCGGCGCCGCCGUCGCCCUCAUUGUAGUUCUCUUCGUGGGGGCACUGGCCGAAAUGUCUGUCGAGCUCGGCGGCCAUGCGGAGGGCGGCGGCGGCGCCGCCGUCGCCCUCAUUGUAGUUCUCUUCGUGGGGACUCAGGACUACCAGUUGACGGCUAGCGGGCCCGCGGCGGGGGCCAUGUUGCGGCUUCUUGGAUACAAUCCUAUGUCAGCGGGUUUCUACCGAAUGGAGGAGAUAUUGCAGGAGGUGGGGAACUUUGACGCGAUCGCCUUCGCAGGCACGAAGAACACGGUGAGCUCGGGCGAGUGCACGCUCAAGCGCACCAUCAAGGGGCGACUCGUGCACGAGGCACCGUAUGGCAAGGCUCCGUUCUCGAACAACGCGUGCGGAGUGGCCGUCGUGCUUCCACAUCGGGAGCCGACCGAGAUCCGUGGCCAGAAGCUGGAGUGCGACGAGGCCGAGAUUGAAACUAUUGAUCAGCAGCUCCGCGAUAUCUCAUCUCGAAUUUGUAAGCUGAGGCUGCUGCUCGACGAGGCGACUGCCUCAUUCCUUGCAGGUGUGGAUGUCUCCGCGCACAGAUCGAGACAGUACGCCGUGGAGAUCGCGCCCGCAGCCAACGACAGGUUGAAACUCUCCCUGGCCCGCGAGGUCAAGAGCGCCCUGUACCCCAGGCACGACGCGUCGGCGGGCAUGGCGGCAGCAGGCAAAGCGGCAGGGGUGAAGUACAACGACCACAGCGCCGAGUGGAUGAAGCUCGAGAAGGGAGGCCACUCCGUCGACCACAGGCUUCGAGGGCCCCCGCACACGCACGGGCGCAGCAAGCAGUUUGCCGAGGGCGCUCCACCAGACCACGUGAAGCUGCGGGACGAGAUGAAGGAGUUCUUCGCCAAGGGGAUCACAGCGCAGAAGCUGGGCAGAGGGAUCCCGUAUUUCAGGGCGCGGGUGCUCAAGGCGAUGGAAGGGGAGAAUGCCAAGGCCAUCAUCUCAUGCCACUUCCACCACGACCUCAUCGGUCUCGUUUUCUCCCGCCUGCUCGAGGCGAUGAUGGAGUUCGAGGGAGGGGUCUACCCAGCAGGCCUCUACUUCCUCGCCAUGGCUCGGGCCGGCGCCGCCCUGCUCCCCUCGCUGCUCCCGGACCUGCCCCUGGACGAGAUGUCGAAGACGCGCGAGUACGGCCCCUCGACGGACACGUUCAUGGGCAUCCCAGGGGCGCCGACGGGGAGGUCGCUGUUUAUUCCUCGAUAUGUUUCCACCUCUGCGCCAGUCCCCCCCUUUUCGGCCCCCCUCGGCGUCAGCUUCCCCGUGGCGCUCGGGGCGCUGCUCUUCGCUGUGAGCUGGGCCGCGUUCUGGGUCACCAACUCGAAGCCCGCCAAGGAUGACGAGGGCAUGUACAAGACCUACAUCGGCGGCGGGGAGCUGCCCCCCGAGGGCUACACCAACCCGCUCGACCCCCGGCUGAGCGAGGACUACAAGCUGGAGGACGACGACGCCCCGGCGGAGGGCCAGAAGAAGGCCCUCAAGAAGCCCGCGAGCUCCGCCAUCGUCUGAGGGAGGAGGUCGGAGGGCGCCCGCUGCACGCCCACACCGACACCGGCCAGGUGCCCACCCUGGGCCCAGGAUGGGCGGGCGUGCCCUCCUCGUGCACGCCGAGGGUGGGCCUGGCCAGGAUCGGUGCGGGUCUAUGCCCAGGCAUCGGAGGGCAUCUGUGGCAUGCGAGGUUUCGACUUUUUUCUAUACAGGGCCCCUGAAAGUCCCGACCCCCUCCCCAGGGCCGGUCUUCGUCCCGAGUCGUUGUCUCACGGUCCCAGGGCUCGGCGAGGGCCCCCAAGGGCCAGAAGCUGACAAAGGCCACCCGCCGAGAUUGUUUCGCGCCGCCACCCGCGCCGCGCCGCGCCGACGUCGCGAAAAAAACGACAAAGUCCAAAC